AUGACCCUCCAACCAACUCCUACCGAUGUCGGUACUAUGUACGAUGAGUACACGAGUCUUUUCACAGAUGUCAUGGCCGGGUUCAUCCAUGUCGGCUACUGGGAAGACCCAGAAAAACAAGACACAAUGGAGGUAGCCACCGAGAGAAUGACCCAAGAGGUUGGUGAGCGCCUUGCCUCCUCAAAGGGUCAACAGAUCCUCGAUGUCGGUUGCGGCACUGGCAAAUCUGCCGUUCAAAUUGCCUCAGCGCAUGAUGUCCAGGUCACCGGAAUUACCGUCAGCAACCACCAGAUCGAGGUUGCUCACAACCAUAUGCCAAUGCCAUUUGCCGAUGCCACCUUUGAUGGAGCUUACGCAAUCGAGUCGCUGGUGCACAUGGAUGACAGACGGACGGCACUUUUGAACAUUGCGAGAGUUCUGAAGCCCGGCAGCCGACUUGCUAUCGCAGAUUUGCUUUUGGAUGCCGGUUGUCCCAAUCCAGAGGUACUUGCACGAUUCCACGAGCUGUUCCAGGUUCCGCCUAUGCCCUCUGGUGAUGAAUUACAAACUCUUCUCCGUGAGACGGGCUUCAAGGUCCUCGAAUUUACCGACAUCAGGGAUAAUGUCCGGCCUGUUUGUAAAUUCCUGGAGCAGAAGGCCUACUCGCUGGGUGGCGAGGUUGGGGGAAAACUCCUUGAAAUAGCAACCAGCAUGGCAACUCUCAAGGAGCUUGGUUACGCUUUCAUUACCGCAGAGCGCAUCUAA